AGAAAAGCACAUGCGUGGGGAUUUGCGGGUUCAGUCGCGCAGAUACUGACUGACCAGUGGGUGGCUUCAACAUGGAAAGUGAUACUAAAUCGAGAGCUGAAGAGUUUGUGCGACGUUUACUCGACGAAGCCGAUGAUGUUCCAUGUGAUAGCACAUCGGAAUUCUUCAAUAAACACGAAGAACUACCAGAUUUCUACGAUGAAGAGGAAUUCAAACGGGGACAAGCUUUUUACCACAAUCACAUCUUCGCGAUGUUUUUCUCCAAAUUGCUUGGUUUAUUGACGACCUUGGCCUUACCAAAAGCUAAUCAUAUCCUGAGGAUGACGAAAAGAUCGAGCGAUGCUCUCAGUGCGUACAAGAGGUACGUUUCCACGGUUUGGCAUAUGUGCGUUUGGUAUGACAACGACUUCUAUCCGGGAUCUAUCCUUUGGAAAUCGAUUGCAGAUGUGAAAAGAAAGCACGAUUCUGCUAGCAAAAGAGCAACGUGCCUCGGGAUUGGAAAUAUAUCACAGAAAGAUAUGGCUUUAGCCCAGUUCGGUUUCAUGGGAUACCAGAUUACCUCACCGAAGUCCAUUGGUAUCUUUAGAGCAUCCGAUGAUGAAUUUAGAUCGUUCAUCCAUAUCUGGAGAACAAUCGGUUAUGCAUUCGGUAUCGAGGAUAGAUAUAAUAUUUGUCGAGAGGAUCUUAAUGAAACAAGAGAAAUCUGCUUAAUUCUUCAAAGAACCGUUUUCAAACCGUUAGUUGGAAAAAUGGAUAAUCAUUUCCUCGAUUUGUCCUCGGCUCUGAUUCAAGGCAUGUGGGUUAUGAACCCUAUUUUAAAGACCUCUGUAUUCUUAACGUAUAUAUGGAAUAUUCUCAAUGAAAGCGAAACUAACAACAAUGUUAAACCUAUUUACGAGCUUAGUAAAUGGGAGAAGUUACAUUUGAACUUAAUUUAUAGCGUUAUUGGCUCGCUUAGGCAAACUGUGUGGAGAAAAUUUCAUAACUAUAAUCAGAAACUAACUUUGUUUUUUAUGCAUUAUUGGCCUUUCCUUGGUUAUUUCGUAUUCGGAUGCGUUGUUCACGUCCAAUUAGCUCUUAAUUAGUAUACCUUUGAGGUGGGUGAAAUGUGCCAAAUGCAUCUACUUUUUCUCUUACUAAUAAAAUGGUGUAAGAUAGAAAAAAAACUAGUCAAUUAACAUAUUGGUGAUAAUGUGUCUAUAGAAUAUACAUAAAAAUAAUUUUAUUAACCAAUUUUUGACAAA